CAAACGUCAUCUUUGUCGUACCUACCAAUAGCAAAAGAGAAGGAGGACUCCUACUCCAUAACUGGGUCCCAAAAGCCAUCAUCUUUUUUGCCAACGCGUAAAUUUUUAUAAUAUUUUUCUCCUCAAAAGAUGAAUCCCAAGUUAAAAAUCUCCUGUUUCCUACUCAAGCGCCUGGAACGUAUCAAGCAGCAAUCCAGUGGUUGUUUAUUUGGAGUGAUUUAUGGCGAGGGAACCCUCCUGCUCUUGGGAUUCAAUAUUGAAUCAACAAUUGGUCAACUGAACUACAAACACAUUCAGUACAAAUUCCCAGCUGAGCUGGAUUUGUGUGGCUUGGUCAAGUUUGGAGACUGCACCGAUGCUGAGGCUCACAUUAAUGUGAUUCUCAAGGACGUUGACAUCACAGAUAAUCCGAUCUUGUUGCAGCUCGAACUGGGAACACUGAUGGGCAUGAAAGCAUCGAUAUUCAUGCACGAGAAACUCGAACAAAUCCCCUACGAAGUUAUGGAAGCCGAGGAGUUGUAUACAGACUUUUGCUUCAGUCGCAUCAAGUGCAAUCUUAUGUUGUACACUGAGUCGACAGAGGAUGCAGUGAAAAAGAACAUGCAUGUUUUGAGGAAAAACGUAGCUGGAGGAAGCACUGCCUUCCAUGUGAAAAACACCAAGGUAUAUCUUACAGGAGCGGGCAAUUAUCCUGCGAACAACAUCACAACAGAAUCGAGUAUAUCGUCGAUUGUCCAGAUGGUUUCGAGGAACUCAAAUGGUGGCGACGGCGACAACAAGACGACAAAGAAAUCCGCAAAGGAAACUUCAUCUUCUGUUCCAACGGAGUUUAGUAUCAUUACAAUCGACGUCCUAAAGAACAAAACGAGGGAGAGGCCGAACAAGAAUGACCCACCAGCCGCAGCUGGUUCAAUGCGUUUAAACCGAGAAGAAAAGAAGAUUGCGAUACCCUUGAAUGUGGAAGCGAUGGCGAUUCUCUACAAGAAGACCAAACUGACGAGGUUCUACGACAUCCUUAUCGAGAGUAUCUGCAGGUCGUUGCGCCUAUUCGAAUAUGCCAUCACUGAGCGCUUGGAAGAAGGUCUGGAACCGACGAUUCCACGCUGCUUCCACUUCUUUCCACCAGAGUUCGGUCAUUUUCUGACGUAUGUCUAUCCGGAGGGAGUAUCAGAAGACGAAACGAAUAUGCAGCAACAGAGGAAAAAGUUGCACUACCAUUUUGGACUGCCCAUUUCUCGUCCGUACUUCAGGCGUGCAAAUUGCUUCUUGUUCCGCGAUGAGCUCGACCCCAAAGAACCACUGCUAAACACACAUGUCGGUCUGCGUCCGAGUGGCGUGAAGGAAGGUCGACAGUAUCUCGUUCAAGGCAACUACAGUUACUAUCACUAUUUGCAGCAGGACAUGCGGGACAAUGGCUGGGGCUGUGCCUACCGUUCACUGCAAACGUUGUGUUCAUGGUUCAGAUGGCAAGGCUAUACUGAGCGCAGUCCUCCAACUCACUUAGAGAUUCAGAAAUACUUGGUCCAUAUAGGCGAUAAGCCGCAGUCCUUUGUGGGAUCUUCGCAGUGGAUCGGUUCGACAGAGGUUUCAAUGUGCUUGCAGGGCUUUCUGAAUGUAGACUCAAAAAUUCAACACUGUUCAUCGGGCGCUGAUCUUGCAACCAUGGGCUCAGACCUGGCCAUGCACUUCCAAUCUCAAGGCAGCCCCAUCAUGAUCGGAGGAGGUGUUCUGGCGCACACAAUUCUCGGAAUAGACUACAACAGCCAGACAGGACAGAUCAAAUUUCUCAUCCUGGAUCCUCAUUACACUGGUGCCGAUGAUCUGGGCACAAUACAGGCGAAAGGUUGGUGCGGCUGGAAGGGUCCGGAAUUUUGGGAUAAGAAAUCUUAUUACAACAUGUGCAUGCCACAAAGGCCAAUUAUAUAUUAAUUCUGUUAUCAUUUAUGAGAAGGUAUAGGGAAGAAAUUUCUUAUUUUUAACAAUAUGUUUUAUUUUUGUGUGGGCGGAUAUCGCCCGUUUUUUUAAUGUUUUAUUAAAAAUAUUCAUGUUUUUUUUAGGAAAAAACAAAACAAUUUGUAAAGACUCAGAUAGACAUGAUGUUUUUUUUUGUAAUUCUUGUUUUAUUUUAUACCUAUUGAAUGUUGAUUGUAAGAUAAAAUAAUAAAUCUAUAAAAAUGUA